CAGUCAGCCGAGUAUACCCGAAAUUAGCCGACGGUAGUCGAACAGUCCGUCCUACCGGACUGCUUGAGGCGGCCGCAACGCCAUGUUGAGCGAAGUCUCCCAUCUCUAUGAAAAAAUAAGUUUAAAAUGCAACAUGAAGAUAUCAAACGCUGACUGAGUGAAGAGGGCACACCGGGGAAUAUACUCUGAAGAACGGAACCGAACCAGAUCCGCGGACAUCCCGGACGAGGUGGGGGAGGCAAGCCCCUCACCGUCCCCAUGAAUAGCUCUACAAUUCUUGUAAAAAGCGACUAUACAUUUAAAAAGCCAGUUAUAGAAAUGGAUUGUGAGACGGAAUCUUAAGCAAAAGGAUUUGCUGCAACGCUGAAGAGGAACAUCUCGCCUACUUAUGUAUAAUAACUAGAUAGUGUGUAAACAUAAUUUAGUAACGUAUUGUUUGCUUUUGUUCAAAAUCUGCAAUGAGUUUGCCACCGAAAGUGGUGCCGAAACCGGCUGCUGUCGCAGUUAGUGGACCUGUAACCGGGCCAUCUCCAUCAAGCCAACUGCGGGCGUCUCUGACCUCCGUGUCGCUACCACCGGGAGCCCCGACUGCUCAACCGCCUGCUGUGCCGCCACCCCAAAUUGUCCUUAACACGGCGCGCGCCAGGAUCCAACGGGUGCAGCCGGGCCUUGAUGAGCGCCUCUUCUCAGCACAGCCCGGGGUGGCCGCAGUUUAUAGCGUCCCCAGGCACCCCGGUCCUCCGUUCCCCCCUCACGACCUCUCUAAGGGCCACCCGUCGCUGCAGGGUCCCCCGGGCCCCGGCGGCCCAGCCUCCACGCCAGGGCUCUCUCAGGUAUCAGUCCCUGCAGCGCCCCCGUAUCGCUACCUUAAGGGCUGGGAGGCAGGCGGAGGGUCUCCGUACACAUCUGGACAGAAUGCUGGCUCCGCCCCGUUGGUGUACUCUCCGCAGACACAGCCAAUGAACGUCCAGCCUCAGAGUCGCCCGUUUGUGACGGGACCACGGCCACCACCACCCCACCAGGGAGGAUUCAGGCCCAUCCAGUUCUUACACAGGGCUCAGAUGCAGACGACGCGGCCCUCCCUGGCCAACAGUAACGCAUCUCUGCGGCCGGGCUCCCAGACGGCGCCCGCGCAGGCCGUCUACCCCCCCAACCACCAGCCCAUCAUGAUGACCAUGACCAUGCCCUUCGCCGCGCCACAGGCCGCACAGUACUACAUCCCACAGUACCGACACAGUAGCCCGUACGUGGCCCCUCCUCAGCAGUACUCUGUGCAGCCCCCCCCAGGUUCCGGAACCUUCUACCCAGGGCCUGGCCCAGGGGAGUACCCAGCGCCUUUUGCUACUCCUCCAUAUUACACAGGUCAGCCUGUGUAUCCUCCAUCUCCCCCAAUCAUAGUGCCUACACCACCACAGCAGCAGCAGCAGCAGCAGCAGCAGCAGCAGCAGCAGCAACCUCUACCCGCCAAACGCGAGAAGAAGCCUAUCCGGAUCCGGGACCCCAACCAAGGCGGCAGGGACAUCACCGAGGAGAUCAUGUCGGGGCGAACAUCCACCACCCCCACACCGCCGGGUGGACGAUCCUCUGCCACCCCCACACCCCCUCAGGUUCCUAGCUUGACUUUUCUCAGAGCACAUGUGGCCAAGGCUCCUGAGCUGAGUUGGACUCUACCAGAGGUGUGGAUAAACCAGAACAAGCUGCCCAGCCGAGCGCCAGACCCCAGGGUCAUCUCCAGGGGGCCCGACUUCACCCCCGCCUUCGCCGACUUCGGACGACCCAUCACGGGUGGCAGAGGUGCUCCGUUGCUGGGUGUCUGCCCACGGCGGCCACAGCCCCGUAAGAUCAUCACCCACAUCUCGGUCAACGACGACGUCCAGCUGAAGAAGGCGGAGAAUGCCUGGAAGCCUGGCAUGAAGAGGGAGAUGCCCGCUGCCAGCAACGACCCCGACACCGUUAAGACACAGGAGCUCUUCCGUAAGGUGCGCAGCAUCCUAAACAAGUUGACGCCGCAGAUGUUCAACCAGCUGAUGAAGCAAGUGAGCGAGCUGACCAUCGACACGGAGGAGCGCCUCAAAGGCGUCAUCGACCUCGUCUUCGAGAAGGCAAUCGACGAGCCCAGUUUCUCCGUGGCCUACGCCAACAUGUGCCGCUGCCUGGCAACGCUGAAGGUGCCCAUGACUGACAAGCCCAACACCACAGUGAACUUCCGCAAGCUGCUGCUAAACCGCUGCCAGAAAGAGUUUGAGCGGGACAAGGUGGACGACGUGGUGUUCGAGCGCAAGCAGAAGGAGCUGGACUCAGCCACAUCGUCCACUGAGCGUGAGCGUCUGCAGGAGGAGCUGGAGGAGGCCAAGGACAAGGCACGGCGGCGCUCCAUCGGCAACAUCCGCUUCAUCGGCGAGCUCUUCAAGCUGAAGAUGCUGACCGAGGCCAUCAUGCACGACUGUGUGGUCAAGCUGCUCAAGAACCACGACGAGGAGAGCCUGGAGUGCCUGUGCCGCCUGCUCACCACCAUCGGCAAGGACCUGGACUUCGAGAAGGCCAAGCCUCGCAUGGACCAGUACUUCAACCAGAUGGAGAAGAUUGUGAAGGAGAGAAAGACGUCGUCACGGAUACGCUUCAUGCUGCAGGACAUCAUUGACCUCCGGCUGCACAACUGGGUGUCGCGGCGGGCCGACCAGGGCCCCAAGACCAUCGAGCAGAUCCACAAGGAGGCCAAGAUCGAGGAGCAGGAGGAGCAGCGCAAGGUGCACCAGCAGCUCCUCAACAAGGACAGCAAGAGGAGGCCAGACCAGAGAGAGGUGCGUCCCCAGCGAGAGGAGCGCUCCCAGAGAGAGGAGAGCUGGAGCACUGUGCCCAUGAGCAAAAACAGCAGGACCAUCGACCCCGCCAAGAUCCCCAAGAUCUCCAAGCCUCAGAUUGAUGAUAAGAUCCAGCUGGGCCCUCGGGCUCAACUCAAUUGGAUGAAGGGAAGCAGCGGGGGAGCCAAGGCCAGCGACUCUGAGCUCUCCCGGUCCACGGGCAGCAGUCUGAACCGCUACUCUGCCCUGCAGCAGUCCUCCACGGCCCCACCCAGCCCUCAGGCCAAUCAGAGCGCAGACUACGACUCCAGGAGAACUCUGGGAAGCCGUGGCAGCAUAGGACGUGAGCGCGGCGAGAAGCCUCAGGCUCCGGCCGUGCGUCUGGGGCCCCUGAGCCGAGCGGGCAGCAGUAAGGACCUGCAGGAGGGGCCUGCCAGCGAGGAGCCGCGCAGAGAGGGACCCGACACGCCUGUCGUCCAAAGCCCUGCCCAGAACCAGUCCCGCAGAGCCAGCACCGACGACAGGAGUGACACGGACCGCAACAGAACUACCAGAGGACCUGUGAAGGCUGAGACUCCUCCAGCUGUGGUUCCAGCCAAGCCGGCCCUGCCUGAGGAUGAAAUGGAGAGGAAGUCACGCGCCAUCAUCGAUGAGUUCUUGCACAUCAAUGACUACAAGGAGGCUGUGCAGUGUGUGGAGGAGAUGGAGCAGGCGCCUCAGCUGAGUGUGUUUGUGCGGGUGGGCGUGGAGGCCACUCUGGAGCGGAGCCAGGUGACGCGCGACCACAUGGGCCAGUUCUUCCACCUGCUGCUGCACAAAGACGUCCUGCCCAGGGAGCAGCUCUACCGCGGGUUUGGGGAGACGCUGGAGAUGGCGGAUGACAUGGCCAUAGACAUCCCCCACAUCUGGCUGUACCUGGCUCAGCUGCUGGGCCCUCUGCUCAAGGAAGGGGGCAUCUCUAUGAGAGAGCUCUUUAGUGAAUUAAGCAAACCAUUGCUUCCUGUGGGAAGAGCAGGGAUUUUAUUUGCUGAAAUACUGCACCUUCUAUGCAAACAAAUGAGCCAUAGGAAAGUGGGGUCACUUUGGACGGACUCAGGCCUGAACUGGAGUGACUUCCUGCCCGAAGGAGAGGAUGUGCACACCUUCAUCUCAGAGCAGAAGCUGCAGUUCACGCAGCCGGACAGCCAGAGCCCCCCGCCGCUCCUGUCCAGGACGCCCCUCUCCCCCGAGGAGCUGAGCCGCCACCUAGAGCGGCUCCUCCUGGAGGACAUGGCCAGUGACGAGCAGAUCUUCGACUGGGUGGAGGCCAACCUAGAUGAGUCUCAGAUGAGCUCCUCCCCUUUUCUGAGAUCUUUAAUGACAGCAGUGUGCAAAGCGGCAGUGAAAGAUGAGAGUUCCUCCUGCAGAGUGGACACUGCUAUCAUCCAGAAGAGAUUGCCUGUCUUACUGAAGUACCUUAACUCAGACACUGAGCGCCAGUUGCAAGCACUUUAUGCACUUCAAGCAUUGAUAGUAACUCUUGAUCAACCUCCUAACCUGCUCCGUAUGUUCUUCGACUGUCUAUACGACGAGGACGUGAUCUCGGAGGACGCCUUCUACCUCUGGGAGUCCAGCAAGGACCCGGCGGAGCAGCAGGGCAAAGGUGUGGCCCUCAAGUCCGUCACCGCCUUCUUCACCUGGCUGCGCGAGGCUGAGGAGGAGUCGGAGGACAACUGAGAAGAGAAGACCGGGAACCCAUCACACCCCUCCGGAAGCGUUUCCGCUCACGUUCCACCACGUUCUACCACAUUCUAGCCAGUGUGUCCACAUCCCUAAGGACUGACAAAGCCAGAUGCCAGAUGGGAGCAAAGGACUGAGGGAACACUGUCCCGAGGGGCAGAGGGAAUGCGUUCGCAGUGCGGUUCUGCUAUGUUCUGUUGCGUUCCUUCAACCCCCCUGAGGAAGAUCUCCAGAAAUGGGAGCACUACAUACGUGUACUAUACAUAGAAAAUAUUUUUGCUUUAAAUUUUAACUUUUUUUUUUUUUUUUUUUUUUUGUUACGUUUUGAAGAGACUUGAAAACAGGUUAUAACCUGAUUAAUUUAUUAUUUUUUUAAGAGACUGCAAAGACGGACCUUUUAUUUAACAUUUGCAGAAAAAAGCUCAUAUUGAGGAGAACAUCACUGACAAUAGAAAAUAACAAAGUAAUUAUCAUUACAGUAAUAAUAAUUGUGAAUUGAAUAACCUCUGCGGAUUCCCGAGUUUGGUUGAAGACAGUUUCAGAAGAAGUUAUUUUUGGAUGAAAGGUGUGGCGGAAACCGAGAUGGUUGACGUUUACUAUGUACAAGGUCAAAGGUUAUUAUAGAAUAACCCCUCCAAAGUCUGGUGUUGCAGGGUUUGCUUGCUCUGUGGGAAAAAAAGUUUGAGCUUCCAAAAGGACAUGAGAUAUACGCACACAUAUACACACAAGAACUUUCUCUGAAUGCUGAGAAAAGCAGGGACUUGAUAGAGAAGGUGUGUGUGUGUGUGUGUGCUCGUGUGAAUCCAAACCAUGCCAGGGUUUUUUCAACCUUGUUAUUCUCCAGACAUGAAGAGCAAAUUUAAAGUACAUGUGAAUACAUUAAAGACUGUCUAAGAACA